AUGGUCCUCCUUUCCCGCGCACUGCUCGCUCUCCCAUUGCUGGGCUCACUAGCCCUUGCAGAUGUGACACAGGAAAGUGCCAUCCCAGAGACAUGCGGCCAGAACUUCUGCGAUGGCAUACAGCCGAAGGAAGGAGAUCCCGUACAGGGAAAGUUCUUCUGUAGAGACUGUCUCUGCCAAAACAAAUGGCUGGGUCCAACGGUCAUCGAUACGUCCGGCAACUGGACCAACAUCUUCGAGGGAUGGAAACCGUUUGGGGACCUGUGUCCUCGCGAAUGGCUCAACAAGUGGGCCAAAUGGAACGUGAAACCCUGGCAAGAUCCACCGUAUCCGGACGACGAUGGCUUCAAAGCCGGCUCUCUACCAGGAGGCCCCCGCGUUGGCAGCUGCGUGGACCGCUUCGGCAGUCCUUAUGGUGGGUUUCUGGCCCCUCUGGGCACUAAGUACAGCGCACGGGCUAUCCCGCCGAAGAACCUGAAUAAGUAUUCGAAUAGCCCGCAGUUCAAUUACUACGUUUAUCAGGUGGCGAAGCCGUUUAUUGCCCAGCAAGGGGAAAUUGCUCCGUGGUUCGAUCAACCUGGGGGUGGCAUCCAGUGGUAUGUGGCUAAUGGCCUGGAGUUCUUGGUAGAUCAUGGCGUUCUGGUACGCGUCAAUGUCGAGGCUUGUCAUGAGGAUGGCGUUGCGGAGUGGGAUGAGGGAGCAAAUGCUCCUAGCUUGGAGGCAUGGGAGAGUCUGGAGCCGGCGCAGGGGGAUCCAAUGUUCUAUCAUUGA